UCACGUCUCUUUUUCUCUCUGUAAUUUUCAUAUUUUUUAUAUUAUAUUAAAAAAAAAAGGAAAAACAAACAAAAUUUAUAUAAUUCAUUCUCAAACUGGGAUCUCUCUGGUCAGGCCAUUUCCAAUCCGUCAUUUCUUCCAUUCUUGGUUUUGAAUUGGAUCUAUAUUUCUAAGGAAUAUAGAUCUUGAGCAGCGACAAAUCAACAGAGAAACACAACAAAAAUGGACAAUGAAGAUGUUGAAGGUGGUAUGGAAGACGACUUCCAAGGCCAGCAUGGUCGCAAAUACCGCCCUGUCGUUGCUCACGAUCGCGCUGUGCUUGAAAUGUCCUCCAUGGAUCCUGGAUCUUCCUCCUCUCCCGGUACACAAUCAUCUAACAGCAAGAAGGUCAAACUAGUUGUGCCUGAAGACAUGCAUGCUAAUGCACCUCAAGUGAGGAUUCCUGCUAAUGGAGAGGUCCAUGGCUCAGAAAGUGAACACAAAUUGGAAUUAUUUGGUUUUGAUUCUCUUGUCAAUAUUCUUGGUCUUAAAAGUAUGUCUACGGAGCAAGUGGUAGCACCUUCUAGUCCUAGGGAUGGUGAAGAUGGUAAUGUCACUUAUGAGCGUCCAAGGGCUAAUGAAGUUAAAUUGGGCACAAUGAUGGGUGUUUUUGUCCCGUGCCUGCAGAACAUAUUGGGAAUUAUCUACUAUAUCCGAUUUACUUGGAUUGUUGGUAUGGCUGGCAUAGGUGAAUCACUACUGCUGGUAGCAUUUUGUGGUUUAUGUACCUUCCUAACGUCAAUUUCAUUGAGUGCUAUUGCAACUAAUGGUGCAAUGAAGGGUGGAGGCCCUUAUUAUCUCAUUGGUCGUGCUCUUGGCCCAGAGGUUGGAGUUAGCAUUGGCUUGUGUUUCUUCCUUGGGAAUGCAGUUGCUGGAGCUCUUUAUGUGUUGGGAGCUGUGGAAACAUUUUUAAAAGCUGUGCCUGUUGCUGGGAUAUUUAGAGAGACUGUUACACAAGUUAAUGGAACGGCAACUGCAGAACCUAUAGAAAGUCCAAGUGCACAUGAUUUGCAAAUUUAUGGGAUUGUUGUUACUCUCCUCUUAUGCUUCAUUGUUUUCGGUGGUGUGAAAAUGAUUAACCGGGUUGCACCUGCUUUCCUUAUACCGGUUUUAUUCUCCCUGUUCUGCAUAUUUGUUGGGACUUUUACAGCAAGGAAGGAUCGUCCAGCAGCUGGAAUAACGGGUUUGAGUCUGGAAAGCUUCAAAGAAAACUGGAGUUCAGAUUAUCAGUUUACCAAUGAUGCUGGAAUACCUGAUCCUCAAGGAAAGACUUAUUGGAAUUUCAAUGCAUUGGUUGGUCUCUUUUUCCCUGCUGUAACGGGAAUUAUGGCAGGUUCUAAUAGAUCAGCCUCACUCAAGGACACACAGCGUUCAAUUCCUGUUGGUACUUUGGCUGCCACUCUUUCAACUACUGUGCUAUACCUGAUUUCCGUGUUAUUUUUUGGAGCACUUGCAACUAGAGACAAACUUUUAACAGACAGGCUACUUACAGCCACUAUUGCUUGGCCUGCCCCUGCAAUUGUAUACAUUGGUAUUAUUCUUUCAACCUUAGGAGCAGCUCUUCAAAGCCUGACAGGUGCUCCACGCCUACUUGCAGCAAUAGCAAAUGAUGAUAUUCUGCCUGUUCUCAACUACUUCAAAGUUGCAGAUGGACAGGAGCCUCACAUUGCCACCCUCUUUACAGCAUUUAUUUGUAUUGCUUGUGUUGUUAUUGGGAAUUUGGAUCUUAUCACUCCGACUGUAACUAUGUUUUUCCUUUUGUGUUAUGCGGGUGUGAACUUGUCUUGCUUCCUUUUGGAUCUUCUAGAUGCCCCCAGUUGGCGUCCACGGUGGAAGUUUCACCAUUGGAGCCUCUCUCUUCUUGGAGCGUCACUUUGUAUUGUUAUUAUGUUCUUGAUUUCUUGGUCGUUCACUGUUGUGUCGCUAGCCCUUGCUAGUCUCAUAUAUUAUUAUGUGAGCGUUAAAGGAAAGGCCGGGGACUGGGGUGAUGGCUUCAAGAGUGCAUAUUUUCAGUUAGCUCUUCGCAGUCUUCGAUCUCUAGGAGCUAACCAAGUCCACCCAAAGAAUUGGUAUCCCAUCCCUCUCAUAUUCUGUCGGCCUUGGGGAAAGCUGCCAGAAAAUGUACCUUGCCAUCCUAAGCUUGCUGACUUUGCAAACUGCAUGAAGAAAAAGGGCCGUGGAAUGUCUAUCUUUGUAACUAUAUUAGAUGGAGAUUACCGUGAACAUGCUGAAGAUGCCAAGGUGGCCUGCAAACAACUUGCUACCUACAUUGAUUACAAGAAUUGUGAAGGUGUAGCAGAGAUAGUAGUAGCUCCAAAUAUGUUUGAAGGCUUUCGUGGAAUUGUCCAAACCAUGGGCCUGGGUAACCUCAAACCAAACAUUGUGGUGAUGAGAUACCCUGAAAUAUGGCGUCGUGAAAACCUAACUGAAAUACCAGCCACCUUUGUUGGCAUAAUUAAUGACUGUAUUGUUGCAAACAAAGCAGUUGUUAUUGUCAAGGGUCUUGACGAAUGGCCGAACGAGUAUCAGAGGCAAUAUGGUACAAUUGAUUUAUAUUGGAUUGUGAGAGAUGGUGGUCUGAUGCUUCUCCUUUCCCAGCUUCUCCUUACAAAGGAGAGUUUUGAGAGUUGUAAGAUUCAGGUCUUCUGUAUUGCGGAGGAAGAUUCAGAUGCAGAGGAAUUAAAAGCUGAUGUGAAGAAAUUUCUGUAUGAUCUUCGAAUGCAAGCAGAAGUGAUUGUUAUAUCAAUGAAAUCAUGGGAUAUACGAGUACAGGAUGGAUCUCAACAAGACGAAUCAUUUGAAGCGUUCACUGCUGCUCAGCGACGAAUAUCUAAUUACUUACAUGAUAUGAAGGCUAAAGCUCAAGGCGAAGGGACUACGCUGAUGGCCGAUGGGAAACCUGUGGUGGUGAAUGAGCAACAGGUUGAGAAGUUCUUAUACACAACCCUAAAGCUGAAUUCAACUAUAUUGAGAUACUCGAGAAUGGCUGCGGUAGUGCUUGUGAGUCUACCGCCACCACCGGUAGACCACCCAUCUUACUUUUACAUGGAAUAUAUGGACUUACUAGUAGAAAAUGUGCCUAGGCUCUUGAUGGUAAGAGGAUACCGUAGAGAUGUUGUAACUCUAUUCACAUAGUUGCCAGUGGUUUUGCUUUCUGGGCAGCAGCCGCCUUCUUCAACGCGUCACCUUAUUGUUCAUAUUUUUUUCCACCCCGUUUCAAUUUUUGUAAUUUUAAAUGUUACAUUCAUUCUUUUUACCACCAUUGGAGCAAAAGGCGGUCUUUUGCUGUUCAGACUUGUUAGUUGCUUGACAUAGAAAUUUUUGAAAUGUACAGCCCUUUUUGGGAGGUGCAAUUGAGUUAUCAUAUACAAUUGAAGCCAGUUUUUAGGCUAUCAUAUUCAUUCUAGAUUGAGACCCAUAGUGUUUUUUAUUAUUUAUUUUAAACUUAGAAAUAUUCGGUA